AUGGCAGUGAUUCUACAAGCAUAUGUCUUUCACGAUUUACCACAACUUUAUUGUAUUUAUGUCUAUUGUGCAGAUGUUAUAUAUAAUCAAAUAUGGGCCAAUAGCUAUUCUAAAAUACGUGUUGUUUGUAACAACGAUGACAAAUAUUUAUUACCUCAAUUUGCUGUUGAUGUGAUACAGGCCAAUAUUGAUUGGGGAAAUGCACUUCUGGACGCUGGUAAAUAUGAUGAAGCUGAAAAAAAGUUUGAAAAAGCGUUGGAUAAUUUAACUCGAUAUGUUAUCCGUUCUGAUUCAACUAUGGUGAAUCAAUAUGCAGAUAUGCGAUGGGGUAUUCAAACUGAAUCGAGUAACAAUCAUAGUGAAGUUCAAACUUGUCUUCAUGAAAUUGAAAUGUGCAAAAAAUAUUCGGUGGCUACAAAUUUUAUUGUUUUACUAAGUCAUCGUUAUGGUUCUCGACCGACACCGGCAACCAUUCGUGCAACACUUUUCGAUCUAUUGUUCGUCAUUAUUCGUUCAGAUUUAAAUUAUAAUGACGAUGCUCAACUACUUUCUCAAUGGUAUCAACUAGAUACGAAUCAAAUACCGGCUGUCUACAUACUUCGUUCGAUAUCAUCGAUUCUACCAAAGAUAGUUUCUUCGAAUACAGAAGAAAUGAAACAAGCCGAAAAAGAAUGGAAAACAAUUAAUAAUCGUAUACGAAAUUGUCUUCGUCAAGCAGCGAAAAAAUGUUUUGAACAAAAACAAAUUGAACAAGAAGAAUACGAUGAUUUUUUUAUAUCAAUCACCGAGAAAGAAAUUGUCAAAGGUAUUCUAACGACACCGGAUGCCAAUCAACGUACAUUAUGUUUUUUACGUGAAAUCGAAGAUAUUCGCGAACAUUUAUUCGAUAGUAAAAUAUCAAAAUACAUCGAUAUGUAUCAUUCAAAAACAGGUGAAUUAAUAAUCGAUAGUGAAGCUGAAAAUUUACUUCAAAAUUUGAAAUAUUCUCGAAUACCAAGUAAAUUACAAUCAUCAAAUGUAUUCUCCUAUAAAGUACAUUGGACACCGAAUGGAAUAAAUCGACACGAUCAUGCAACAUACAUUGCUCAAUUUAAUGACGAUUUUUAUCAUGCAGUUAAACUACAAAUUGAUCAAUGUGUUAAAUCUCGAAUUUUAUUCGAUUCGGAUCCAUUACAACAUGAAAUAUUAGAACAUACAAUUCAAUGUAGAACAUAUGUAAACAAAUUUCACGGUCGUAUAGAUAUACUUAAUCAAUUUAAAGAAUAUGUGAUGAAUGCGAAUGAAAAUCGUUUUUGUAUUGCAUACGGAGAUUCGGGCUGUGGAAAAACGAGUCUAUUGGCUAAAAUUUCAAUUGAAGUACGUAUAGUUUAG